GUUUUUUUUUCUCUCGUUUGUCAAGCUUUUGACGUUUCUCUCUAACCUCGCGAAAAAUAUUCAGUGUGAAGUGCCGAUUUUGAUUCUCGAGUGAAAUUCGGUGGUGAAAUACGUGAAAUUCGCAUCAAAUCGAGCUAAAUCAGGCAGAUACUUGUAAUCAUGAUGCUCACCCGCUUGACCCGCCUGGUGACCGGCACCAACACAGCACCAUCACUCCACUGCCGUUGGUACGCGGCGGCCACCGCCGAGAAGAGUGCCCUGGCCACGCUGCGCAAGAAAACCGGCUACACGUUCGCCAACUGCAAGAAAGCGCUCGAGAUGCACGGCAACGAUCUGGCCAAGGCCGAGCAAUGGCUCAAGGAGCAGGCACAAACGUUGGGUUGGUCCAAGGCCACCAAGCUGGAGGGCCGCAACACGAGCCAGGGCCUGGUGGGCGUGCUCGUGCGGGACAACAUUGGCGCCAUGGUCGAGGUGAACUGCGAGACGGACUUUGUGGCGCGCAAUCAGAGCUUCCAGAGUUUUGUGCAGGCGGCGUCGGCGGCGUGCGUGCGAUACGUGGCUCAGUUGGAGACGGAUGCGAAUUUGACCAAACAUGGGCUGAACAGCGAGGCGUUGAAGCAGAUCAAGCUCGAGGAUGGCAAGUCGCUGGGGGAUCAUCUGGCGCUGAUGAUCGGGACGGUCGGGGAGAACGCGUCGCUGAACAGGGCGAUUUGCUAUAGGGCGCCGGCGGAGGUGAAGUUGACGGGCUACGUCCACCCAGCACCCGCCGACGACUCCACCCCGGACGUUCCCGCGUUUGGCAAGUACGGCAGCCUGCUAGCGUUCCGCCACACUGCUGCCGCCGAGGACUCAAACGGCGAAGCGGUGGCGCGUAAAGUUUGCCAGCACGUGGUCGGCAUGAAGCCGACCCGCCUCGGAGACAAAGCCCGCGACGAGCCGGCCGCCGACAAGGACGACGAGACGUGUCUGAUCUACCAGGAGUAUCUGGCCGAUCCGAGCUACACCGUUGGGGAGGUGCUGGAGGCGAACCAGCUGGAGGUGGUGGACUUCCAGCGGUUCGAGUGCGGCGAGAAGGUCAAGGCGGAGGAGGAAAAUGUGAGGGCGACGAAUUGAAAAAGAGGGGUUUUUUUGCUAAUUUGUAACUAUUCCAAAUAUGAAAUAUAAUUGUUAGUUGGUAAAUUGAACAAA